UUUUGUUGUGGGGAAACACAUCGGAUCAGGGAUAGCAGAGUUAAAAGACUUGUCACAUCUUCGAGGUUCACUUUCCAUUUCUGGUUUGCAUGAAGUCAGUGUUGGGGAUGCAAUUCGGGCGAAAAUGCAGGUUAAGCAACACCUUGAUGAACUAGUUAUGGAAUGGAGCAGUGAUGAUGAUUCGCGAAAUGAACAAAUUGAGACAGAUGUAUUGGAUGCAUUAGAGCCUCAUGAAAACUUGAGUAAACUCACCAUUAGCUACUAUGGUGGUACAAAAUUUCCAAGUUGGAUGUGUGAUCCUAUACACUGGCAUGGUAUAGCUGCAUCUCAAAGGUUGUGCAAAAUGCACAUCUUUACCAUCCCUUGGCCAACUGCCUUCUCUUAAAGAUCUUGUAAUUGAAGCAAUGGAUGGAAUAAAUCAUGUCGGACUUGAUUUUUAUGGGGAUGGUGAUGCUUUCACAAUUCCUUUUCCGUCUUUGGAAACUUUGAAAUUUGAGAACAUGAAAGAGUGGGAGUUAUGGUCAUCUUUAGAAGAUGGAAGACUUCAAGGAAUUCCUGGCCUUCGCGAGCUUUCUAUAUUCAGAUGUCCAAAGUUAAGAAAGUUCUCUCAUGGAUUUGCUUCCCUGAAAAAACUGCGCAUCAAGUAUUGUGGGGCUUUGACUAGUUUUUCUCAUCAUCCUAAACUUGGAAACUUAGAACCUGUACAAUUCCCUAGCCUUCAACAGCUUGUCCUCGUAGGUUGCAAAGAGCUUGAAGAUCUUCCUGUUACCCUGCCUUCAUUGGAAGGUCUUGAGAUAGAUGGUUGCGAAAAAUUGGCUGCACUUCCAAGGCUAAUGGGACUUUGUACAUUGUCCGUGUCAGAUUCUAAUGCUGAAUUACUGGGAUGUAUGAAUGAACUAACCUCACUGAGCUCUCUGCGCCUGAAUCAUAUUUCACAUGUCAAGUCACUGCCUGAGGGCUUUAUACGACUUUCCACAAAGCUUGAAGAAUUGAGUCUUGAUAGCUUUUCUGAACUUAAUCAGUUGUCAAAUGAGCAAGUUGGACUGACAGAUCUUGCAUCCCUCCAACGCUUGACAAUCUCCAAUUGUCCUCAAUUUGUUGCUUUUCCCAAUGAAGCUGAUAAGCUGCCUCCUGUGCUUAACUAUUUGAGUUUAAAACAUUCUGAGAGCCUGUUGAAGUUUCCAGAUGAGCUUUACAAACUUAAGUUUCUUACAGAGUUGAGGAUUGAAUGGUGUCCAAAGAUUGAAUCAUUUCCAGAUACAGGGUUUCCCUCCAUGCUUAAGCGUCUUGUAAUUGGUGACUGUGGCGGUCUUAAGAGCCUUCCGAAGGAGGUGUUACACAACAACAAUUGUCUUGAGUAUUUGGACAUACAUAAAUGUUCCUCUUUGAUAUCAUUUCUUGAGGAAGGAAACUUGCCUACUACUCUGAAACAUGUGAAAGUUUACUACUGCAAAAUUCUAACAUCACUGCCUGGGGGUUUAAUGAUCAAAGACAACAUGACUCUUCAGUUUUUGGAGAUAGACAACUGCCCCUCUCUCAUGUCCUUCCCAAGUGGUGAAUUACCCACAACACUAGAGCGUCUUGAGAUUGGUGAUUGCUCUAAACUCCAGACCUUACCAUUGAACCUUGUCAACCUCGUAAAUCUUGAGACCUUGGAAGUAAUUAGAUGCCCCCUUCUUGAGCAUUUUCCAGUGGGUGGGUUGCCAACCAACAUGAAGUCAGUUAGAAUUUUUGAAUGUGAGAAGCUCAAGUUCCUACCUGAGUUUAUUUACAAACUCAAACGGCUUCAAAAAUUGGAGAUAUCUUUUUGUCCAAGUCUCAUAUCCUUGCCAAAGUCGGGACUGCCCACCAAUUUAAGAUUACUGACAGUUACAGAUUGUGAAAUGCUUAAUCCUGUAGAUGAGUGGAAACUUCACAAACUCAAAUCUCUUCAUGAUCUCACCAUUGGUGGAUUUCCUGGCCUCGUGUCGUUUUCAAAUGAGUAUCUUCUUCCACACACUCUAACCUCUCUUGUUGUCCAAAGACUCCCUGAUCUUGAAUCCAUAUCGGAGGCGCUCCAGAAUCUCGACUCACUUCAAAAAUUGGUUAUUAGUGAGUGUGAUAAGCUCCAAUCUUUGCCAAUGAAUGGGCUGCCAGCUAUGCUUGGUGACCUAUCUAUUCGUUAUUGUCAUCUUCUUCAACAUCGGUGUGAGCGGGACAAGGGAGAGGAUUGGUCCAAGAUUGAAAACAUUCCCUAUGUACAUUUGAGUUAUGAGUUGUAAACAAUCCAUGAUUUACACCCAACCGGAGCCCUAAAAUAUAUGGAGGUUUGCUUUUUAAGUGCUUCUUACUACUCUCAACUUCUUUGCACCCCUGCAUCCAUGAUUUAAAAUGGCAUCAAAUAAAAGUACCAAACUCAGGGUUGUGCAUGGAUGUGUGUGACUGCCAGAGGAUCCGCAGCCUAUAUUCUCUGCUAUGUUCUGCAGGCUUGCAGCCAGGAACUCCUGAAUAUGCUACAU